CGCCCCGGCUCGCCGCCGCUCGGCGCUCGCCCCUCGCGCCGCCUUGCUUCCUCUCCUCCGGAGGCUGGCUCGCCGCUGCUAUCCUUGCCCGUGCCCAUCGCGCAGUCUUGCUCCCACCGCAUAGCCUCCUUGCCGUUUACCCUCGACCUAGCUCCCCCCGAGGAUUUGAUGGAAAAGGGGAAGUCGGUGGUCGCGGAGCUCGCGGCGUCGCUGAGCGAUAUCCAGGUCACGCCGCGCCGGAAGCCCACGAGUUUACUACCGGCUACCUCUUUCUAUUCUCCCAGAAAGAAGGCCAGACCUCGGAAAUUGGUCAGUUUGUGUACUGGCGUCCUCGGUCAGCAUCUUGAAGAUAUUAUCAGUGAUAUUUCGGAAUUUACUUCCCUCUUUCCACCACACAUAAAGUUGGCAAUUAUGUCUAUUGCAAGGAGGAGAAGGCUACUGAAUGAUGAAGUUCUGGUUUCUCUUGCUGAUAGCUCCUGGAAGAUCUUAGAUAUAUCUGGUUCUGAUGUUAGUGAUGUUGGUUUGACUACUGUGGCACAUAUUUUUAGCAACUUAUGGGCUAUUGAUAUUAGUCGAUGUGAAAAAAUAACUGCUGCUGCUGUUUCGGAGAUUAUCUGCCACUGUCCAUCCUUGGAGAUAUUAAGAUGCGGGGGCUGUCCAAGAAGCGAAUUCACUGCACGGGCAUGUGUCAAUCUCUUGAAACCCAAACUGAAUACUCUCGAAGAGGACUCAUGGGAGGAACUUGAAGCAGUAGAUAUUGGUAGCGGCGCAGAGUCUUUAAGAUGGCUAGUUUGGCCCAAGAUAGAUGAUAACUCAAAGGAAAUUCUUGCCGCAGAGUGUCCCCGCAUUAUUGUCAACCCGCAGCCAUCAAUUUUUGGCCACCAUGGUUUGAAGAUUCCAAGUGAAGCAUUUGCAAACAUACCACUAGACCAUUCAAUAGUAGAAGAUAUUGAUCCAAAAACAUGGGCAGUUUGUGCUGCCCCUCGAAGAAUGGCUGCUCCACCGCAACCAAAUGCUCCUCCUGAAAUACCAAUCGCCGAGAGGUUCAGGCUAGCGUAUGUGGAGAGGGAUGCAAGGCUGGCCCCAAAGAGGGCCAGGAGGGAAAGGCAGCAUCGACGCCGAGCUGAAAGGGACUACUUGAUGAACGAUAUCGACGCUAAAUCUAUUGCCCUUGCGAGUAAAUACCUGCGCAAGAGCUAGCAGCAACUGUUGUCAUGAUGCUUUGGAAUGUUGUAUGUCUGGAUGGUUGAACAAAAACACAAAGGAAGGAAUGUAGAGUUGUACCAAAGAAACUGUUCCAUGAUCAGUGAAAUGAAAACUGACAACAGUUUUGUAUGAGAUUUAUGAUAGCGGUGUUCAUAGUA